GGUAGAGGAUUGACGUGGUGGUAAGGUGAAAGAGCUUGCAAAACUGUGUGGAGAGCAAUCAGGACCACAUCGUCUGCUUAUUUAUUCAUUGGAAAGGGACCUUCAAACGAGCAGUCUGCCUACAAAGAUGCACGCCUCCAAACCAAUGUUUACAGUUGCAGACCAGGGCAGCCUUACAUUAUUUGAUUAUUUUUACUAUGGCAACAAAGGGCUUUAGGAUACAAUGCUGCUCACCCAGCGAAAAACAUACUAUUAUAUGGGCCCUAUAUCGCACACAAUCUGCAUGGGCUCCCAAGGCAGUACUAGAAAACUUGUUUAUCCUUGAAAGCGGGCCACCUCGAAAUGAGCGUUUGAACUUAUUGAGGAGCGCCACUGUGCUACUCAUUGAAACUGAUGCUGGCCAAGAUGUGGCUUAUUGCGUCAAACAGGAAUAUGUACAUGUAGAUGCCUUGACUGAGAAUUUCCUGUCUUUCAGUAGUUAGUACCAAUGCUACAGCUUUUGCACUCUGCACUGUCUACGCCAGAGAUAGCGUGU